AUGGGAAUUAACCGCCAUAUGCAAGCUUGCCAACAGAAGGCUCCAACAAUGCUUGCACAGAAUGAAUUUUCCAAUCUUGCGGGUACACUUUACUCACAGCAAAAUAGUGCUUAUAACUCCCUUCUCCAAAAUACCUACUCUACAACCAAUGCCGCAUCCGUCAACAUGCAACAAACCAAUAAUCCUGACAAGCGGGCCCUGUCAGCAUACAACGAGCAGGAUGACACACUAUUGGUUAAUUCCCAAUCUGAUGCAGAAUCUGAGGCGCUGGAGGCUCCAGAUCUUGAAUCUAUUCCUCGUGGCUCAAUUCUUUCCAUGCUCGAUGCAAUGUCUAGCGGUUAUUCAUCACACACAGUAGAUGAAGUCCGAAUACAGUACCAUCCAAGCGCAAACAAAUCUCCAAAGGUUGUUCCAACAUCACAGUAUGAUCCACAUUCCACACGACAUGCUACUUCUGCUCUUCCAAAGCCAAACCAUGAUAAACCAUGGCAUCCUUUCGCUACACGACUGGAUUUCGAGAUUGCAGAGCUUGCAUUAGACACUCAUAUGAACAAGAAUCAAAAAGCUACGCUUCUAAACCUGAUAAAAGAGUGCAUUGCUAAUCCGCACCUUUUUACAAUAGAAAAUGCUUCUGAGAUGGAUAAAACAUGGGAAUUUGCUAGAAGCUAUCGUUCAAGCGGAACACAACAGUUUGUUCGGAAGGAAUUUGUGGUCCCGUACAAAAAGGAAGAAAUUCAAUACGAAGAUCAACUUCCUCUAGGAGCGCUCCCCUUCUGUAUUGUUCUAUAUGCAGACAAAACAAGGCUUUCAACAUUUGGCACGGCCAAAGGAUAUCCGGUAAUUGCUCGGUGUGCAAAUAUUCCUGCAAAUGAUCGAAAUGGAGAUGGGCUUGGAGGUGGUAGAUUAGUUGGUUGGCUCCCGAUUGUUGAGGAAGAUUCAGGAGAGAGCGGAAAAACACUAUUUAUUAACUUCAAGCGUAUUGUAUGGCACAAAGGAUUCUACGAGAUUUUAGUGUCAAUCCAACAGUAUGCAACAACUGGUUUCCACAUCAAAUGUGCUGAUGCAAUAUUGCGUUGGUUAUUCUUUUUUGUUCUUAUCAUUUCUGCCGAUUAUGAGGAACAAUGUGUCAUUGCAUUAACUCGUGGUGCAACAAGCAACUAUCCCUGUCCUAUAUGCUUGGUGCCAAAUGAUGCUCUAUCAAACCUUACUGCUUGUUAUCCUAUCCGAUCAGCAGCCGGAAUGGAAAGAAUUCACUCUGAAGCCCAGAAACUCAAUGCUAAAGACCGUGAAGAGCAUCUAAAGAGGUAUGGUCUACGAAAUGUUGAGAAUGUAUUUUGGAUGAUGAAUGGAUCAGAUGUAUACCAAGCUCUAUCCUGGGAUCGAUUACAUGCCUACCAUGGAGGACUAUUUUCUGAUCAUUUAUGGGUUGAAUUUAAGAAUGUGAUUGAAGAGUCUACUACCACAAGAAAAGAUGCUGAAAUGGUUGACAACCAAUUUGACUGCAUACCUCGAUGGAGCGGCCUCAAUCACUUUUCAUCUGUUAUCAAAACAGGUGAAUUUGCAGAUGGAAGCAAAUACGAAGAUAUGGCAAAGUUAAUAGUAUUCGCAUCACAUAAUGUCCUUGAAAAAUCGGACAGAGGAUACUGUCUGCUGCGUCUCAUGUGGUCUUUUCUUGAACUAGACAUGUAUUCAUCCUUAACUGUCCAAAGUGCAACUACAUUGGCUGGAAUUGAGCGAGAGCUAGGUAUAUUUAAUUUAAUUCUCAAGGAAUAUUCUGAGCUACAUCCAGAAAAGAACUGGAACUUUCCAAAAAAUCACUCGCACAUUCACAUGGUCCGGGACAUUAUGGCAAAGGGUGUUACACGCAAUGCCAAUACAAAGCCAAAUGAGAAAGCACAUGGGCUUUUGAAACUCUGGUACCGCUUCCACACAAACUUCAAGAAUGUGGCGCCACAGAUACUUAAAAUGAAUGAAGACGAUCUCAUUUCAAUGAUAAUUCGCAUGGAUAUUAACGCAUUCGAUGAAAACGAGGAGAAUAAGGCGAGUGAAACGGACAAUAAUUCACUCCAAGACAUUUCCGAGGAAGCUUCAGCAGUGAAUUCAGAUCAGUCUGUAGAUGAUACAGAACAGAGCCAUGUGUCAAUCGGAUCCAUAAUGGAUCCAGUUUCAUUUGAAAGUAUUGAAGAAUCACACAAGGAGGAUCAUGCAUUCCGACGUUUCCGAAUUAAAACUGGAAAAUGUCUUGCAAAAAUCAUCAAUCAAACCAUUCGGCUGAAGCCUGACAACAUGCUUGCACCAUUCCAACUCGCUAGAAUUCACUACCAGUCCAUUAUUAACUGGUCAUUUGAGCGGGAUAUGGUUCGCGUUAGCGCAAGCUUCCACCACCAACCUCGCAAUGACUAUGUUCUAAUUAAAUCAGAUACUAACAAUUAUUGCUUUGCACAGCUCCUCUUCAUGUAUUCGGUCUAUGUUGACGAUACACCUCAUCAUUUGGCACUCGUACUUCCAUUUGACGAACCAAUUGACCGAAGAACAGUUUUGGCACGCAAACGCGACAAGGAUCUUCGCUUUUUGCGCGUCCGUGCCCGGAGGCGAACAAAUUCAAUUGUUAUUGAUCUACAACGGAUAUGUGUGGCCUCAUUGCAGGUUGACGAAAUGCAUUUUCUUCUUUCACACCCCGAGGAAAAAUAUCAACAAGCUUCUACUAUGUCUACUGUAUCUGCAUCAUCAUCUAUUGUUCCAAGUUCUGUUGCUGGAGAAGAGUCUAUCUCUGGUGUACAAUUUCGUCGUGCAACCUACGACGAGCUUCAAUCUGUCAAUAGCCAGCGCGAGACGAUCCAGCUUCUAGAACUCAAAGUCAAAAGCCUUCAAGAGGAGCUAAGCAAUGCAAAGCUUUCUCUUAUUAAGCGGAAAAAGGUCUCUGCGAGUACUGUCAAUGUUUCUGCAGAGCUGGCUCUUACCAAAGAUCUCCAUCGACUUGGAAAGUAUCACGCCACUUUCUACCGCAUUAUAGUCCCCAAGGACUUCUUCGGGUCUCCAAGGCCAUCGAUUGACCCAUUUGAUGCAAAAAGGCGUUAUUUAACCGCUGAAAAUUCACGGCUGGCCAACAUUGCUGAAUUAUACGAAUGCAUACCUGCAAAGUACCAUUCCAUUAUCAGUGGAGAUAAUAUGGAUUUGGCAGUCUCAGCGUUCUUAAAAGGCAUCUCGGAUCUUCGCUCCUCCGUAUUGAACAAGCUACGCGGGGUUGCUCCAACUAUUUUCCCAACCAUUCCAGCGACUGUUUUUCUCUUGUGCUCAUCAUCUCGUCCAUCUAAUUGUUAG